UCACGUUCUCCGAAUACCAGCUUCGAUCAGCUUCGUGCUUCCUUCGGUAUCCCACGCACAUUCCGAGGUAUACCUCCGAUCACAACGACUUUCGACCACUAUGAACCGUCAGCGCCGAGUUCCGCUCUCUCAAUUCGUCGAUGGCAUCAGAUGCUCUCCUUUCGUCCCUCCCGCUAUGGCCCGCAAGGCUGCCGUUUACAGACCGGGCGACGGAGACAUAAUCGUCGUGACCUACCCCAAGAGCGGGACCCAGUGGACGAUGCAGAUCAUCCAACUCAUCCUAGGUCGCGGACAGGGCGCGACCAGCUUUCUCGACUUAAUCAGACGAUCUCCCCGCCUGGAAAACCACGGUCCGGAGGCCCUAGAAGGCUUGCCUUUGCCGAGGAUGGUGACGACCCACCAAAAACUGCUCCUGAAGAACUUUAACGACAGGGCAAAGUACGUGUACGUCGCUCGGAAUCCGUGGGACACGUGUGUGUCGCUCUACCAUUUCAUGCGGGGCAUAACCGAGUUCCAGUUCGAAGACGGCACGUUCGACGACUUCUUCGAGGCUUUUGUGACGGGCGACCUAUGUUACGGGGACUACUUCGGUCACGUGCUCCACGGGUACGCCCGCAAGGACGACCCGAACGUCUUUUUCUUCACGUACGAGCAACUGAAAGCGGAUACCCCGGGAAUGAUCCUGAAACUCGCCUAUUUUCUGGGUGAAGAGUACGGAAAGAUGCUCGAGGGCGACCAAAAUAUGUUUCGGGAGAUCUUGAACAAAAGCAGUUUCGACUUCAUGAGCCGUGUCCUGGAGCCUGGAGCGGAGGUUACUUCGGCGGUCUUGUGUGAUUUGUCCACACCUAUGGGCAAGGGCAACAAUAUCAGUACCAAGAGGAAUGAAGAGAAUGGCUUUAGGUUCUUUCGGCGAGGAAAAGUGAAUGGUUGGAAGGAGUUAUUUACACCGGAGCAAACCCAACGCAUGGAAACCAGGAUUGACGAGAUGACUUUGGGCACAGAUCUCAUGCACAUAUGGAAUGAGAAGUAA